AUGGGCGAACCUGUUUGCCGGAAAAUCCCUCCGGAUCGUACUUCGGAAGAGGGGACUUUGCAGAAUCAGUCAAAAAAAUCAAAGAAGGAGAUCAAGGAAGACACACUGAUGUCAGACAAAAUGGAAGAUGCGGAAGGUUGUUUCGAUGAGAAUGUGCCCCAGAUGUCUAAAGUGCACAGCAGCGAAAAAGAACAGGGGAGGUCAUAUCGUGAUUCCCUCUUGGGUUUCAAAGCCCAGGGCUUCAAUGGGAUUGCUCACAGUAACUCAACUAUGGAAGAAGACCCAUUGCUAUCUGAUUUAUUAGAUCAAACAUGGAAACUACCAGAACCAUCGGAAGAUAUCAAGAAACUAAUGGAAGUAUACCCGGUAGUUCCAUGCACUGAGGAGGAGUUCAAUGAGUGUUGCCAACCGUGGAAUAAUGCACUAGUUAUCACAGUUCUUGGUGCGAGGUUCCAUUUAUCCAGAUUAAGAGACCAGCUAUCCAGGAUAUGGGGAUUCAGUGAUUUUGAGCUUAUUGACCUCCCAAACAAUUACUAUGUAGUUCGUUUUGGUGACGAUGAACUUUGGGGAGCAAGAUACAAGAAGGUCCUUUUUGAAGGUCCGUGGAUUAUAGCUCAACACAGUGUACUGGUUCAACGAUGGUCUCCUUACUUCGACCCUUUCCAGAACCCUCUAGGGAGAAUUGCCACCUGGGUGAGGAUUCCAAAUAUACCGUUGCACUGCUACUCAAAGAAGUAUAUAUGGAGACUAGGAGACAUGAUAGGAAAGACAAUAAAGGUAGACAUGCACACGAUAGCGAAUAUCGAUGAGUCCAAAGCAAAGGUGGAAAGAGGACGGUUUGCACGUAUCUGUGUGGAAUUGGACCUGCAGAAGAAACUGGUACCAAGAAUAAUCUGCACUUCGGCACUAUAUAAUGUCGAGUAUGAGGGUCUGGGGCUGAUAUGCUUCUCGUGUGGUAGGUACAGGCACCGAAAAGAAGCUUGCCCAUGGAAGCCCAGCUCAGGAGAACAGCGGAAGGAGUGCAAUAACACCCCAAAUGUAGCAUCACCGAACUACAGUUCGCCGGCGACCCCAGUUACGACAGAGGACGAGAAGUUCGGACCAUGGAUGUUUGUCAAAGGCCCUAGCCGAAUACGGAACUCGAGGCCUGUGAAUAGGAAAAGUACAGGAGCCGAAAACGGGUCUCAUCAGCAGUACGAAAGUAAAGAAGGGAAAAGAUAUCCACAGACAAGAUUUGCAGCUAUAGCAGACCUGGAAGAAGAGCCGAAAGAACAAGACGGUAGGUCCACUGAUCUAGACGGAAGGGCUAAUCUGCUGCCAAAAUCUGGGAAUGAAAUAGUUAUCUACGAAGGGCGGGUAGACCACCAGAAGGAAAAGAUGAUGGGUCCUAUGCCCAAAGGAAAAGAAAAAUCGAAAGGGGGCUUUAAAGUCAAAACAGGACAGAUGGGCUUGGGAAAAGAAAAUAGAAGUCCCGCUUUGGUAGCCCAGAAAACAAAAGCCCAAACCAGCAAGUGUUCGGUGACAGAGAAAGAAGGAGGAGUCCAGGAAACAAGCACAAAAGUAGGACCCAGGAAACACAGUCAAAGGACCCAUAUAGUUGUCAGUGGAAGUUCAAAGUCGACAGAGCCCAUAAUGCUGGAACAAAAUAAUGAAGUCCACCGAGAGAAAAUGGAAGGAGUGGUGGUGGAAGGCGCCAUAGAAGGUGGCAACGUUUAUUCAGAAAAUCAACCAAGCCUGGCGGGGAAAUUAAUGGAGACAGAGAAUACAUCAAUUGCGCAAGCCCCUCUGUGGGAAGCUAUGGAGGAUGAACCAGGAAAGAAUCUCUCGGGGACUAGUAUAUCUGGAAGUGUGCAACGCAAGGGCAUCUCGUGUGAAGGUAAACCACCCGAUCAAUAA